CGCCGCCUUUCAUAGAAGACUCGAAUACAUUCGGCCCUACAGUCUUCGUCAGUCAUUUACCACGAAGGCGGGAAUGGGUUUGGAUCGUCCUGCCUUCCCCUCCUCCAUCAAUUGUCGAUUGUGUGAUACAUUAUGUGUCCUCAUGUACCCAUAGCGACGUCUCAUUCUAUUUGCUGUGCUGUGCAUCCGACGACUUCCUAGUUCUGUGAAAGUAGUUCUGACUAUAAUUGACCGGCGAACUACCUGUGGAAGCUGGAUUUGUUACUUGUGGAAGCUGUCUUGCCAGUCCCUGUCUCGUCUCUGUAAAUGCCGUCCUUCGUGUGGUUUCGGUAGAUCUUUCCGUGGUAUGGGCUAUUUCCGUGGUGUCUUUAGCGGGGAGUUCGCACAAUGCAGGGAAUUUGUGUGUGCACGCUUCAUCACCCACGACGCCGUGGGGCAAGAGGGGCUCUAAGUUCUUAUUGAGUUUCCCUCCCGGCCAAAUCGAGCUGACAUAGUAGGUGCACUUCUGACCCUCGCCAUUGUGGUUGUCAGGCUGCUUCACGGGGUGGGGCCAAUAACUCGUUCCUGGGGCACACAUUAAAGGAACGAUCUAAAGGAAGGAGCCAUGGCAGGCUUGCUGACGUACCGAAAAACCAUGGCGCAGCCCUUCCUUUUGGAUUGCUCGCAAAUGUCCAGCAUCUGUGUUUGAGGCGCUGAGUGGCGGGAUCGCAUUUCUGUGAGCCAUGACAACCAGUCGUGUAGUUCCGGCGGUGGUUUGCCUGUGCAUACCUGUCUCAUGACGAUACCGAUGAAAAGUAUCAUGUCGUCAUGAGAAAUUUUCUUCCUGACACCGACAACUCGCGUAGCAUUGAACAUUGCCUCCAAAUCAGCCUACGACAAAACGGUAAGCAAAAUCUCGUAGGUUGUCGACUAGCCGUUUCCCUGCUCCUACGACGCUCGAUGGUUCUGCAAGCUUGCCACCCCUCGCCCGGCACGUCUCCUGGUGGCCUAAGUAGUCAUCAUGCUCGGUCUGGAUCUCAUACCGGAUAUUGCGGCCUCUUGUGGUAUUGUCGGACUGCGCGCGGCGGGCGGGGACGAAGCGAGAGAUCGUGGGUGGUGACGGGUGCUUCUGAGCCCAAAAAUUCCUCGCAGGAUCUGUACCCUUAGUAACGAUAGUAACAAGUAGUAGAGUCAGUAAGCACAAACUUGGGAAGUCCAUCUUUGAAAGACCUCAAACGGUCACUCGUU